UAACUGAAUUAAUGCUAUAUUAGAUGAUCCAUUUUCAUGCUCCUGUGAAGACAGGUCACCGAAUUAGACGGGUCACAGAUUACGAUGUAACACCGAUAACGCCACCCAACCUUGCAGCUCUCGGAACUUCCUCAGCCAAUCAGAAGUAAGCUGGAAUUGACGCGUGCUCAGCUCACAGGGUCAGCUCAACAACGCUAGCAAAAAUCAGGCGAGAUUCCGCUCUGUCCAUCAAAUGAAUUGAACCGCCUAAAAAAGGUAGCUAACGUCACACGAGAGAGAUGGGAAGAGAGAAGGACGCUAAAGGAGAAGGCAAGGCCAAGCACAAAGCAAAGAAACUGAAAGAGCUGAGUGAUUCUGAAAGCGCUGGUCCCGGGGGAGAUACGACCAAGUACAGUGUAAAGUCAACAACAUCUACAGAGAAAACGCAUAAUGGAAAGUCUCGUAAGAAGGUCAAGACCCCCAAAACUGAAAGCUUGGAGGCAGCCAGCAGUCCCAGAGAGUCUGUGAAAGAGGAGCCAGAGGAUAAUGACUUUACUGCAAACAAAGGGUUGAAAAGGAAAAGAAUGAAGGAUGAGCCCAUGGAAGGCCCUUCAAACUCCACUGCUACACCUACCUCAAAGAAGAAAAAUAAGCGACAUGGGCAGGAAGAAGAAAGUGACCGAGAAGCUCAAAAAAAGAAGUCAAAGAAAAGAACAGAAAAGACGGUGAAGAAAGAGGAAGGAGAGCAUCCAGUCUCCAAAAGAACUAAGAAGACAAAAGAGGAGAUUGCGGAAGCAAGACUUGUGAAGAUCAAAAAGAAAGAGGAGGAGGAGCAGAGUCGCUGGAGAUGGUGGGAGGAAGAGAAGUAUGAAGAUGGGGUGAAAUGGAAGUUCCUGGAACACAAGGGACCCUUCUUCCCUCCCGAGUACCAGCCUCUGCCAGACAACGUUAACUUCUACUAUGAUGGUAAGAAGGUGAAGCUGAGCCUGGCAGCUGAGGAGGUGGCGUUGUUCUUUGCCCAGAUGUUGGACCAUGAGUACACCACCAAGAAGGUGUUCCGGGAGAACUACUUUAAAGAUUGGAGGAAGGAAAUGACCCAUGAGGAGAGGUCACUGAUUAAAGAUCUUGACAAAUGUGACUUUGGAGAGAUCCAUGCCAUGCAUAAAGCCAAGGUGGAGGCCAGGAAAAACAUGACCAAGGAGGAGAAACUGGUUUUGAAAGAAGCCAACCAGAAGAUAGUGGAUGAGUACGGCUACUGCCUGCUAGAUCACCACAAAGAGCGCAUCGGCAACUUUAAGAUUGAGCCUCCCGGGCUGUUCCGGGGUAGAGGCGAGCAUCCCAAACAAGGCAUGCUGAAGAAAAGGAUCCAACCAGAGGACGUCAUCAUCAACUGCAGCAGAGAAUCCCGUGUCCCCGUGCCUCCUGCUGGUCACCGCUGGAAGGAGGUUCGACAUGACAACUCUGUGACAUGGCUGGCCAGCUGGACUGAGAACAUCCAGGGGGCCAUUAAAUACAUCAUGCUCAAUGCCAACUCUAAACUCAAGGUAGAAAAGGACUGGGGAAAACAUUUUGCUGGGAAGCUGAAGUUUUCGGGCCAACACCCGAAAACCAGUAAAACCCAGGAUCUGAAAACAAAUAAACCCCGGGAAAAACUGGAGGGCCCGAGUUGUUGGGAAAUUGGGAUUCCCCGGGGUAAAGCCCCAAAUUCGCUACUACAAAAAGGGGCCCCCGUAAUCCGAAAGGUUUUUAAGAAUCUUAAACUGUUCCUGGUGAACAAGGAACCUGGAGAUGACCUCUUUGACCGCCUUAAUACAGCCAUGCUGAACAAGCACCUGAGUUCUCUAAUGCCCGGUCUGACUGCGAAGGUCUUCAGGACAUACAACGCUUCCAUCACAUUACAGCAGCAGCUCAAAGAACUCACAAACAAGUCCGACAAUCUGGCAGAGAAACUGCUGUCCUACAACAGGGCUAACAGAGCAGUUGCCAUUCUGUGUAACCACCAGCGGGCGCCGCCAAAGACCUUUGAUCAGUCUAUGGCUAACCUUCAGGCCAAGAUUGAUGCUCGAAAAGAAACGCUGGCACUGGCAAAGACGGAGCUGAAACAGGCCAAGAAGGAGGCCAAGAACAAAGGCUCAGACCCCAAGCUGCAAACGCUGGUGGAGCGGAAGAAGGCAGCAGUGAAGCGCUGUGAGGAGCAGCUGCUGAAGAUGGAGGUCCAGGCGACUGACAGAGAAGAAAACAAGCAGAUUGCCCUGAGUACCUCAAAGCUCAACUACCUGGACCCACGCAUCAGCGUGGCUUGGUGUAAGAACAUGGAGGUACCUGUAGACAAAAUCUACAAUAAGACCCAAAGGGACAAGUUUGCCUGGGCCAUCGACAUGACGGAGGAGGACUUUGAGUUCUAACUUUAAAAUUCUAAUACCCCGGUCUCAUAAGCUGAUGCUAAUAUACAAUUAAGGAACCAUUCACUUUAUAAUACAUACAGAACUUUAAUAUUGCAUUCAUAAUAUGUUCAUAGACUACUGAUGUUGUACUUCAUGAGAUUGUGUGACACGUUUUGUUUACUGAUGUUCAUUUCUGUUUAAUGCUUUUGGCACUUCAUUUUGUUUGUUGAUUUUGUCUUUGCACUAAUUUGAAUAAAGGUUCCCUACUAUGCAGUAAAGUGACACACUUUUGCUUGGGCAUAAUUGCAAAUAUCUCUAAU